AAUUUGAAGGUGAAGCACCCCAGGCUGUUGGAAGUGGCACAGACAAAACCCUUAUGCCAUAAUACUAAUUCAGCCCCCAGCGUUAAAUGUGCCCUUUACUUGCCCUUUAAAGAAUGUUACAACAUGCCGUAGCGCUGCGAUCUCCAACCUUUGGUCCUUGUUCUACCCCUAUGGUUUGGAACCAGCUACAGGCGGAGAACCACAGGCUGGAAUUGCUGCUGUAGGGAAGAAAUAAACAACUUGCACUGGGUCUGUGCUGCCUGUGCAAAGGUGGAAACCUUCCUUGGUAAGAGCUCAGCCUAUUUAGGGACUAGUGUCCUGCAGAAUCAAACGCCGUUUGAGCUCAGAAACUCCAAGGUGGUCACUCAGUGCACCAUGAAGGUCGAGCUGAUCCCGGCCCUCACUGACAACUACAUGUACCUGCUCAUUGAUGAGGAGAGCAAAGAGGCAGCCAUUGUGGAUCCCGUGCAGCCCCAAAAGGUUGUGGACGCAGUAAAGAAACAUGGAGUUAAAUUGACCACUGUCCUUACAACACACCACCACUGGGAUCACGCUGGCGGAAAUGAGAAGCUUGUGAAGAUGGUGUCUGGUUUAAAAGUAUACGGAGGGGACAGCAGAAUUGGGGCACUAACACAGAAAGUUUCCCAUCUAACCACCUUCCAGGUGGGAUCCCUCCACGUGAAAUGUCUCUAUACCCCAUGCCACACGUCGGGGCACAUCUGCUACUAUGUCACAAAGCCCAACAGCACCGAGCCACCCGCAGUGUUCACAGGUGAUACCCUCUUUGUGGCAGGAUGCGGGAAGUUCUUCGAAGGGACACCAGAGGAGAUGUACGCUGCCUUGAUUGAGGUCUUGGGCCGCCUUCCACCUGAAACGAGAGUCUACUGUGGCCACGAGUACACAAUCAACAAUCUCAAGUUUGCGCGGCACGUGGAACCAUGCAAUGACGCAAUAAAACAAAAGUUGGCUUGGGCGAAGGAGACUUACAACAGUGGAGAGCCUACUAUCCCUUCUACUCUUGCCGAAGAAUUCACAUUUAAUCCUUUUAUGAGAGUGAGAGAGAAGUCGGUGCAGGAGCAUGCUGGGGAACGAGACCCCAUCUCUACGAUGGGAGCGAUCCGUAAGGAAAAAGAUCAUUUCAAGCCCUCAGCUUCCCGGCUGUAGUGAGAACCACCAGUGCCUUCAAUAAACUGCCUCGACUCCUGCAGUCUUCACGGUCCGUCCUUCCGUCCAUCUUGGGCUAACUGCCAGCCUUAUCCAUAACCCAAGCUGGGCCUGAGGAUUCGCUCUGACCUGGGCGCUGACAGAAGGAACACACCGAUGAUUCGUCUACUUAAUAAUUGCACUGGAAAUUCUUUUUGUUUCUUUGUAAAUAAAUUCAAAUUUGCCCUUUA